AAAUAUUGAUAACUAAUUAGGUAAGUUUAACAACAAUAAACCAACUAACUACUUAUUGUGGAGAGUAAUAAAAAAUAAUAGCAUUUAUAAUUUGAAAGUGUCUGCGAUAAAAAUCAUUCUCAUUAUAAAGAAAAAUUUUGUGACAUAGUCUUACAAUCGUUCUCCGUACUUAUAAUUUUUAAAAUUUUAGGUAUGUCUUCAAGUGUGAUAUCAGUAUUAACCAGAUUUACUAAUCUACCAGAUGCACUAAGAAAAUGCGUACCAACUAAAAUAUUUCACCAUGUAGAAAAUCCAGCGACCGAUACACAAUUCAGACAAUCCGAGAUAAUCAUAUCGGACAGCGAUUUGUUAGUAAAUCAUAUAAAUAAUUUACCGAAGGUAAAAUGGAUUCAAACGACUUGGGCUGGCGUUGAAUCGCUAACAAACGCCGUCGAUCCGUCUGAGCCACCUAAAUUUCCCGUUACUAGAUUCACUGGCAAAUAUUACGGCCAUUUCAUGAGCGAGUAUUGCGUAGCACAAAUUAUUAACUUUGAACGGCACAUGAAGUAUUUACUAGAAAAUCAGAAAUCGAAGAUUUGGGAAAAGAACGAGUUGACCAGAGGGUAUAGGGCUCUUUUCGAAUUGACCGUUGGAAUUAUGGGACUCGGAAAUAUCGGAUUGAGAGUUGGCAAGACUUUGCACAUGAUGGGAUGCAAUGUUAUAGGAUACGGAAGACGAUCAAACUUUGAUUCAGAGAAGAAUAAUUUUGUAUCGAUGUAUUUUUCUGGAAACGACCUUCGAGAUAUGCUGCGAAAAUGUGACUAUGUCAUUAAUCUUUUACCAAACACUAAAGUUACAACAGGAUUUUUGAAUGGCGAUGUUCUAGCAAAUUGUGCAGAAAGGGGAGCUGUUUUUAUCAACGUCGGACGUGGAUCUGUAAUAUCUGAAGAUAGUUUGAUGAAUGCCCUGAAAAACAAAUGGAUAUCUGGGGCUAUUUUAGAUGUUAUUGAUAGAGAACCACUACCUUCUUCUAGUCCAUUAUGGGAUUUACCAAAUGUGAUAAUUACUCCUCAUGUAUCUUGUGUUAGUCGUGUCCAGGAUAUGGCGGAUCAGUUUAAAGAAAAUUUAGCUCUUUAUGAACAACAAUUGCCCAUUCCUUACACUAUUGAUUUUGUUGCAGGAUAUUAA